GUCUGCCACGGAGUUGGCUUGGGCGCCAUUCAAACCUGUGCUAGAUCAAUGAUCGGAAUGAUGACAUUGAUGGCUGAGACUGAACCUCGCGCUCGACCAUACCCAUAGAAGACCUCGAAGAUGGGACUAGCAUGUUGCAGAAACCAUAAACAGUGCCCCGAUCUUUCAUUCAGACAUUUCGCGUGAGUCGCUGCGUUACAUGAUUUCAUUAAUGACUGCUACUUUGAUCUCCCCUGCAUGCUGAAAGCCUGGAACACUUCCAUCCAUCAGUACGAUCUUUCAAAUUACAACUCGGCAGUGUAAGUACCGGAUAGUGGUAUAUCAAGCACGAAUGCAGUCGUUAUGGAUUCACCAAGUUCCCCCAUCCGCUCACAUCCAUCCUUCAAUAGUAUGACACUAGUCUCGAACGAUCCCAGUUGGUGGCCGGUCAUCAACGCGAAUCUUAUUGGUAGCUAUUUUAUAGUCGCUUCUUGUGCUGUGGUAAUAUACGACUGGGGACUUAUGUUCGGACAAGAGGUAGAACUGAUCUGGAGGCAACGUUGGUCCACGAUGACCGUUCUUUAUCUCGUUGCACGAUAUGUUGCAAUAGGAUUUGCUUUGUACGUUUUGACGUCUAAGCCAUUCGUGUUGCCCUCAUCACCAAUCUUUCACAAUCAGGAUGAGCUUGUUGAGCAAUGUUCCAACAAUUUGGACGACAGAUGCAGUCUUAUCCUGUAUGACGCACUUUGUUGGACGGGUGAUAUUGUAGAUGCAAUACUGGGCGUCAUCAUGAUUGCUCGGUUGUAUGCUAUGUAUCAGGGAUCCAGGAAGGUGCUGAUAUUCCUCGUUGUCAUCUUUCUGGUCAUCACAAUCGCCGACAUAGUGAUGGUCACAAUGAUGGUGGUGCAUACUUCAGGGGAGGAAUUCAUUCUUUCUGGCACCUAUCUGUGCAACAUUGGUUAUCCGGGAGAUGUCCUACUUUUGACUUCUAUGACUUGGAUACUUGAGACUGUAUGGGAGGUCCUUGCUCUGUGUCUCGCGGUCUGGAUUGCUGUAAAGCAUUUCCGUGAGCUGCGACAACACUCAGCAGGAGGUAUUAUCGGGGACUGUUUCACGGUAUUAAUGCAGACACACAUUAGUUACUUUGCGAGUUUUUUGGCUGUUUCUUGCUUCCAUAUCGGUUUAUUCUCUCCAACGUUCAUAGCGGACGGAUUGACCCCAGAAGUUCAAAUUUAUCUUGGAUUUGCUCAAAUCCUCGAGAUGGUGCAGAUGUCUGUGCUGGGACCACGCCUCAUCCUGAGCGUUCGAGAAUAUCACGCUAAGCUCGUGGCCGACUCCGAUAUAGCAACCGCUAUGACUUCAAUUGCUUUUCAGGAACGCGUCCAUGUGGAAACUAGCACUAGUGUGUAG